UUGGUUAACUAGCAACAUGGACGAGACGGACUUUUCGCUUUUCGGCAAGAAGAACAAGCACAAGAAAGACAAAGCGGAUGCGACACAAACCGCCCGCACGCCCACCUCCGAGGCGGAUCUGAAGCGCAUCAUCAUCUCCCGCCCCACCAGCGAUGACACCUACGAGAACUGCCAGCGCGCAGGCAUUGCCAUCAUACUGAAUCACAAGGAUGUCAAGGGACAAAAGCAGCGAGUGGGCACCGAACGCGAUCGCGAUGAUGUGCAGCGAAGUCUGCAAGCUUAUGGCUUCGAUGUGCGUCCCUAUAAUGAUCUAAGCUUUGCUGAAAUCAACGAUUUGCUCAAAGAGGUGGCACGUGAAGAUCAUAGCCAGAACGAUUGCUUUGCGCUCGUUGUCAUGUCUCACGGCUCAGAGGGCAAGGUCUAUGCCAAAGAUAUGUCAUAUCCAGUGGAGCGUCUGUGGAAUCCUUUUCUAGGCGACAGCUGUAAGUCGCUGGUGAACAAGCCAAAGCUUUUCUUUAUACAAGCCUGUCGUGGAGAGAACUUGGAAAAGGCUGUGGAGUUUACAACAUUCUCGGUCAUGACACGCGAUCUGGGUCCAGCGCCUGCAGAGAAGCCACAGCAUAUAACCUAUGCCAUACCCAGCACAGCAGACAUGCUGGUGUUUUACUCCACCUUUGAUAAAUACUUUUCAUUUCGCAAUGUGGAUGAUGGCUCCUGGUUUAUUCAAAGCUUGUGCCGCGUGCUGGAUGAAGCAGCUGCCAAUGAGGCAAGUCAAGCUCAGGGCAUGGACAUGCUGCGCUUGUGUACCGCUGUAAAUAGAAAAGUGGCCUAUGAGUAUCAAUCCAAUACCAAAAACGAAGCGCUCAACCAAAUGAAGGAAAUGCCAAACUUUCUAUGCACUCUAACCAAAACUUUUGCAUUGCGCGUUAAACCUAAAAACUAAAUGCAGCUGCUUGAGUCAGUCGUUGGUUAUAUACAGUAAACACUCACUAAGCGCCACUUGUAGCAACUGCUGUGCUGCGUGUAAAUUAUUUAUAAGCUUAUGCCAUGUUUUUGCAUUUGAAAUUAUUUGCUGUACAGCGCGAUUUGUGUUAAUAAUAAUGUUUGCCACUGCAUUCGGCGCUAUCUGUAA